AUGGCUGAAUCGCGGCAUUCGCUCCUCUCCGAGGCUGACCUCGAAACCACGCGGCCUCAGCGCACGUGGAAUCCGCUUGGUCGUAAUUCACCGGAGCUCGAGUACACCUUCCUGCCGACAUAUCGUGAAGAGCGACAGAGCUUCUCGGAGGAGGUUCUCCGCGAGGUGGGAUUGGGCAUCACCAACACGUCCGGUGAGACGCUGCCGCGGGGCAAACGAGACUCUAUUUCUGGGGAGACCAGUCCUGCUACCACGCCAGGCUUCUUGAAACCGCCUCAGGGCACACCAGCGAGCCCUCAUCAGCAUCAGAGCAAUUGCCCGAGCCGUACGACUGUCCUGCAACGACGACUUUCGUGGGUGCCAAUCACGAUCUUCGUUCUUGCCCUGUAUGCGACUGUGUUCUCGGGCAUCUACCUAGUUAUCGCUAUCCGAAAGCCAAGAUGGUCGAACAUUGGGAACGGGGAGUCUUUGGCGGCAUCAACAGCCAAUUUGCUUUGUGCCUUUUUCGCAAAGACGAUUGAAUUAGCAUAUGUGACGAUUUGCGUCGCGUUUCUGGGCCAGGUACUGAGUCGACGAGCAUUGACUCAAGAUUCAAGAGGAGUGAGUAUUUCAGAUAUGAGUAUGAGAGCGUGGAUAAUGCAGCCUGGGUCCAUGAUUGUACACUGGGAGACACUACGAUAUUCGGCACUUACUUUCCUCGGACUCAUCGCCUUGAUUGCCACAUUCGUGGCCAUGCUCUACACGACCGCGGCCGAGGCGCUGGUAUCUCCGAAGCUGUCUAUGGGACCACUAGAGUCAACCAUCAUUUGGGGCAAAGUAUACGCUAGCUGGGGCAAUCCUGACUUCCUCGGAGAGCAAUGCCAGACUCCGAUUUCCAUCUCCAUGGAUCCGCUGGAUCGCAACUCAACAUGUUUACAGAUGCAGCACGUCGGUCAGGCCUAUCAUAAUUUCGAGCAGUGGCUGACAUUAUGGGCGGGUCUGGUAGAGGGUGACAACAAAACAUCCGACCAACUAGGCUCACGACUCAAGCCAACUGCAUCCAUGUGGGAUAACACCACCGUAACCGGCAGCUGGAUCGAAAUCCAGAAUACAACUGAGCUAUCAUUGACUCACGGUCGCAUGGUAAACAACGUCACCAUGGCUCUGCCGCACGCUGGAGUUCCGGCGGCCGCGAUGGAUCCGAAGAACAAUAUUCACCAGCCACAGGACGCAUCAGGCGAGGGAAAGUACAUUUUAGAAGCCUCCGUCCCUUCACCUGCUGUCAACGUCCUCUGUGUCGGCAUGAACGAAUCCGAACUAGCCCCACUAGUAUACUCGUCCUGGCCGGACGCCAACUUCAGCGCGACGGAAUAUAGCGUGUCCCCACCAUCCAACAUCCCACAAUGGCCAUCGUGGCUGAACAGUACUGUAGUGGAUGACAUCUUUGGCUUCGGCGAGAAAUACGGCCAACGGCCUCCAGUCUUUGGUACAUUUCCCGUAUCGAACAACACAAUCCUAAACACGACAGGCAUCUGGCCCACAGACGCAAUCUACCUCCUAGGAAAUUCCUCCAUCUCAACCCCGGAGUACGUAUUAUGUUCAAUCCGCAGCAAAGAAACAGGCGUCUGCUCAACACAAUACGAAGCCGCCUCGUCAGGCGCUCUCCUCUCCUCAAACUGCGAAGACAAAUCCAACACCCUACAACACAACCACAUCAACCCCUCCUUCGUCGAAGGGCUCUGGUCCGCGGAUUGGAAAAACGUCGCCGCAGAAUGGGCCAGCGCUUUAAGUCUCGGCUCAGGCAUUACCGCCUCUCAAGCCAGCACAGAGCGUCUCAUCAUGCAAAUGAUGCCCUCCUACUCCAACACCUCAAAGACAUACACUCUCAAUCCGCGACUUCCCUCCGUGGCAGAAGCCCUCGCCGUAAUGGCAGGUAGCACUUUAAUCCUGAGUACCCAAAGUGCGCCCUUUGUGCAAGGAUGGAACUAUACCGCUCCCCCCGAUAUCCUUCCUGUACCAGCAUACCAACACUUCCCAGCCACGUUACAGUCCGUCAAUUACGCCUCUGGCGGAACAGAGAAAUGGCAAGGUAUCUUCUACGUCAUUCUGGUCUUUGCAUUCCUCACAUCCGCCGUGUGUCUCGUCUUUAUGACCGUCGAAGCUCGAGGGCAUCAGAUUACCGAUUUCACGGAACCGCAGAAUCUUUUCGCGCUGGCGGUCAACUCUCCUCAGAGUUCGACACUACACGGUGCCUGUGGCGGUGGGCCUGUGGGGAGACAGUUGAAGGAAAGGUGGGUCAUUGGGAUGGAGGAGAUGGAUGCGCAUUAUUAUAUUCGGUCGAAGGCUGAGGCGGCUGGCAGCCCCAGGGGUAUGGUGGGAAGGCAGAUACGAGCUAUAGAGGUGUUGAGCAGAUGGAUAUUGAUGAUGGGAGUUUGA